AUGGCCUUGUUUCUAAUAGUUCUGGUUGAAACUGUAAACGGAAUUCGCCAUUUAAAAGACGCGCCGGAAUUGGGGCCCGAUUCUAGGUUAUACAAACACUCAACACAAACCACAUCGGCUGUCCAAGUGCAGUGUACGGAGGACACCAUGCUGAUUAAAGUACGGGCCGACUUUUAUGGUAAUGGACAUCGUGUCACUACCGAUCAACUGCAACUAGGCCGUGGCAGCUCGGAGAACUGCCAGGCUCUGCGGUUAAACGACGUCGAGUACGUGAUUGAAGCUGGCUUGCAUGAGUGUGGCUCCGAAAUAUGGACUGAAGAUGACAAUUUGGUCUAUGCGAACACUUUGUUCUACACGCCUACGCCGACCACGCUUGGUAUCGUUAGGAAUCACUUUGUCAGUAGUAAUCAUCGGAAAACCACCUGGCAGCAGUCGCUUGCUUCUUCCAAGCCCUCUCCUUGGUUCUGCCUUAAACUUAUGACUGAUGACUGGACGUCUGAAAGGCCCUCGUCUGUUUACCAUUGGCGUAAUGUUAUAAACCUGGAGGCCUCAGUCCUGAGUGCUGAUCCGACUCCUGUUAAACUUUUCCUGGACAGCUGUGUAGCCACACCGGGGCCCAACUCUGGAUCCACAUCCAAAUACCCUCUCAUUCACAAUCAUGGGUGUGCUGCUGAGCCCUGGUCUCCUCACUCCAGUGUAUGCUUCAUACCACGGAAAGAGAACCAUGUGUUGCGGGUGCAAGUGGCUGUACUCCGUUUCCACAGUGAUCCCUGGAAUGCUGUCAGAACUAUCUACAUCUCGUGUGUUCUGAAAGUUGCUGAUGCUGCUCAGGAGGAGAAUUCUGUGAACAAAGCUUGUACCUACUCUGGAAACCGCUGGCAGAGCUUGGAUGGGAAACACAAGGUGUGUGAUUGCUGUGACUCUACUUGUGAUGUAAUCAGCCAGAGACAGCCCAACAUAUGGAGCCAUAUGUCCAGGAAUUCUGUUUCAUCCGACUCUGCAAAGUCUGCUGUUGUGACUGUUGGACCAGUAAUUAUUCAAGACCAAUUUUUCCUCAUAGAAAAAUAA